GUUACAUCUGAACCUGUUAAUUUUUAACUUGUAAAACGUAUCAGCGCGUAACUAAUUUUUACUUUGUGUAAGAGAAAGUACCAGUAUAAAACAGUCUGGAUAAGCAAGAAUACACAUUUAGGGAGCACAUUGCAGAAAAGGGGCUUGAACCAAGGUUGAACAAGCCACAUCCUUCAAAACAUCAGCUAUGGCCUCACCCCAACUUCAUCUCACUGUCUACCUGAUCUGUUUGGCCAUGGCAGCAAGCAUCAUAUCAUGCGGUCGAUCUCAUAUGGAUACAGACUCCACACUAGAAGCAUCUCGUGGCAGUGCUGCUGAUGAAGUGAUACCUGAGAGAUAUUCCCUUCCAGAGCUUCAGUGGUUGCUCAGUAAUUCAAACCCAGCAGCCAUUCAGUCUGACAGCCCAUCUCCGGGGAUUCUACAGAAAGAACUGGACCUAAUGAGGAGAGACAGUGACGACAAACCUCGAAAACCAGGCUGCCUGAUUUACUUCUGGAAAUCCAAAACAGCAUGCUAACCACAGGCAACCAACAGGUCCCAAUUGGAGGCCUCCACCACAAUCAAUAUGCUACCAAAAAUAUACCCAUUCCUUUUCCUGAAUUCACACUCAUCAUAAGACAGUCUCUGUCUUUGGAGUGAGUAAUUGUAGCCAUUAUCUUCUAAGAGUGUUCCUUGAUCUCUUAUAUGUCUUUCUCUGAAACAUUGCAUGCU